UGUUGCCUGGAGCACACGGGUGUGCGCAUGCGCAUACAGUUGACAGCGGUCGUUCAUGGUGUGGUGAAUGUUUGGUAAGACAGCUGUGAAGUGUAGAUGAGAGGUUAGUUCUUCAGUUUGUCUUCAGACAAAGUAGCUUGCUGCACAGAUUCCUGGACACCAAUUACUUCAUACAGGGACUGCAUAUGUUAGUCAACACGAAUAAAGAACGGAAACCUAAACAAUUUGAUGAAAAAGCGGACUGAUAGGAGAUGUGUGCUGCUGUAUAUGUCCUGUCAACGGUAACCGGCUACGUGCUCACCUCUGCCCUGCUGCUGAAAUGCCCAAAUCUUUUGCACCGUAGGAAGCAAGAGACUUUUCUCAGCAGGCACAUAUCCCAUCGUGGAGGCGCAGGUGAAAACCUGGAAAACACCAUGGCAGCUUUCAAGCACGCUGUUGAUCUUGGCACAGACAUGCUGGAGUUGGACUGCCACCUGACGAAAGAUGAAGAGGUAGUGGUGUCACAUGAUGCCAGCUUGCAGAGGGCCUCUGGCAUUAACGCCCGCAUCUCUGACAUGUCCUACGCUGAACUCCCUCCAUACCUCUGCAAGCUGGGUGUAACUUUUCAGAGAGAGUGUUUCUGCGAGGGUGGAGAGGACAAACGCAUCCCUCUCCUCAGGGACGUUUUUGAUGCAUUUCCCAAUACCCCCGUCAACAUUGACAUCAAGGUCAAUGACGACAGGCUCAUCAAAAAGGUCUCUGAGCUGGUUGUUAAGUACGACAGAGAACAUCUGACGGUCUGGGGCAACGCCAGCAACAAGAUUGUAAAGAAGUGCUACACAGAGAACCCACGUAUUCCAGUGUUGUUCAGCCUUCCCAGAGUGUUGCAGCUGUUAGGCCUCUUCUACACCGGCCUUCUGCCUUUUGUUCCCCUCAAGGAGCAGUUUCUGGAGAUCCCCAUGCCUUCUAUUAUUACCAAAGUAAAGGAUCCCGACAGGUUAACCAGGAGUCAGCGAUUAAUCACCUGGCUGGCAGACAGAUUGCUGAUGCGGAGAACUCUGUUUGAGCAUCUAACUGCCAGGGGCAUACAGGUGUACAUUUGGGUGCUGAAUGACGAGGAGGACUUCCAGAGGGCAUUUGACUUGGGAGCCACAGGAGUUAUGACAGAUUUUCCCACCAGGCUUAAAGACUUCUUGGACCUGAAUGGCAUUUCUAAGGCCCAGUAACCUGCCAAAAUCCACACAACAGUGCGGCCACAUCCACUAACGGCCACUGUGGGACGUCUCUGUAUGUUUCCCUCCGUGUCGUCACGUUACUGGUGAAAGAAACGAGGAUGUGUGUGUUUGUGUGUGUAAAAGUUUGAUGUGAGCUUUUGCACUCAUGAUGCGUAGACUUGCGUUGCUACCGUACAUGCUACAUAGACUUACUUCGAAAACCCAGAAGCAGCGGCACCAGCACAUCCCAAACUGCACUAGUAACAGAUUAAUGUCUAAUUAAUGAUGUUAGACAUUAUUAUGCCUUUUUUGAUGAGUUCAUGUCAAUUGUAGUAUUAUUUGAUGUUAAUUAUUUAUUUGUUGAUUUACCAGGAGCUUCACAAUGUUUUCGUCACCUUGCACAUGCAAUGACACACUAAUCCAAGUUGUUGUGAGAUUAUUUUUAUAUCUGCCAGAUGCAAUCAAAAAUGUGCUACUUGUCAUAAAUAACAUGGUGCAGACACAAGUGAGCAGUGCGAGUACUGAGGUGGGUCGUGCCACUGCUCCUUAUUUACAAUUCAAAGACACAUUCAACUGUUCUGUAAACAAAACACUGUUUUUUAUAUGAAGUUGCUUAGGCUCCAGGUUUUCCUCUGAAUCAAAUGAAAUGACUGAUUUUGAACAAAAAGAAACCUCAUCUUGUUAUAGUAAUGAGCCGUACCGUUUUCAUCUCUUGUCAAUAUGAUCGUAAAAAGAAUUUAACUUUUAAUGUAUGGGCUUUAAAUACGGUAGAAACACUGAUACGUGAUGAUUGAUUGCUUCAUUGCAGUCACUUUGAAAUGGAAAUGUAUGACAGACAGCAGCUCUUUACCUCAGCUCUUAUCCCUGGCUGUGGAUGUCACAGUUUGACAGUGAAAAGAUCAUUAAGGUUAUCAUACCACUGACGUUCUCUAAUCCAAACGUGUGACCACUCAAGUAAUGAAUGUAGUAUUGGUUGAACGUACAGUAUAUUGUUCGGUAUUUUACAGUCAAAACAGUAUUGCUGCUUUAAGUUCUUUAGUUUGUUUUUGGGCAUUUUGUAAUAGUGCUGUCACUGAAUGUGAAUUUGUCUGAUGAGUUUGUGAUCUACCAAUCAUAUUACAGAUCUUAUAUUAAUUAAUAUUUUUGAUCACCUGUGCUGCACUGUAUAUUUGUUAAGCUGUCCUGUGUUUUAUUGUGUUUGACUUUGACAGAGCCAGUUUGUGGGACCUGGCUGCCUAUCAAAAUGCUUUAUCCCACAUGAAGUUCGCCAUUUGAUUUGAUGAGAGAUUAUUGAAAAAGUACAUUUUUAUCGAUAUCAAUAAACACAAAACAAAAGUGAUAUAAAUGGUGUGUGUGUGUAUAGUAUAACAACAGCUUUAUAACGUUGUUUUUUCACCACUCUGCACAGCAAAUGUAUGACAAUUUAUGUGGAUGAAUGUUUGGUAACUACCUGCAGACUGACAGGAGGUGGCGCUGUAGACUGGAGGGAUUCAAGAAGUUUUCCCUCAAGCGGAAAAGUUAACAAUGCUGGACAUGUUUUGUUACAUAGAAAACAGCCGUACAGACAUUAUAUUUUUACUUGCUUUUCACAAGCACCCGUAAGGUCUUUCUACUUCUCCCCUGCUUUAUAUUCUUUCAUAAAAACGACACUCACACGGGGCCAGUGGUGUGUACAUUC